GGCGGACAGAAAAAUUCGUGGCGGCGAUCUGUGAGGAUCCUUGUUUGUCGAAGUGGCGUUGAUGUCGCGAAAGUUUAGCAAUGUUCGGCGUUCAAAGUGUUAGUACAAUAAGGGCCGCGUUGUUUAGAAGUACGAAGUGUCUUCCUGCUGUUCAAAAUGCUAUUGCAAAGAUGUCAACAAGUUCAGAUUCACAAGAUCCUUCUUUCACAAAAAUGUGUGAAGGUUUCUUUGAAAAUGCAAGAAGUUACGUUGAACAUAGGUUGCUAACAAAGCCGGAUCCCCCAGGUCAUCGCCCAGAGAAUUUUGAAGAGAAAAAGCAUAGGAUAAAAGGUAAACUGAAGUGAGGAUUUUGUCUUUCUCUGCGCCGAGACUCCAACAUAAAAUUAUGUGUGAUGGGAGCCGAUUACUUACUGUGUGUGAUAAAAUUUUUUUUCUGUUGAGGUAUUCGAUGGAUUUGUUUCUUGUUAAUCGAACGGAAAUUUCUGCGCGACAUAGAUUGUUUUAUCUAGAAGGUGCUUUCAAAUAUCAGAGUCUACACAUAUUUGGUCGUUUUUGGUUGUAAUUUGAGAUGAAAACUUUGAUGAAGCCGGUCGAUCAGGCCAGUAGGCCGCUUACGCCAGUAACAUCGAAUACCUUACUAAAGUCCCGUUGCUUUGUUAAUUCUUUGUAACUUUUUAAUUCCAAAAUAACAGAAAGCUAAUACUUAACACAACUUUUUCGUCCUUGUGCAUUCCGUGUUUUCAAAACAUCAAGAACAGAAAUCGUUUGCGAAUGAGUCCACAGAUCAAUGAAAAGCGAUAGACCAUGAACUACGACAUCGUAUACGCCCACUCCCAACCCCCAGCAAUUCCUUUUAAGGAGUGCGUCGUGGUGUUUUGAGUCUGAGCUAAGUCUGACUUGGCUCUUCAUGUUGAAGUGAGCUUUCAUUAUGAAACUGAUUUGAGAUCAUUACAAUUCUAGCAAAUUCAAAGGAGACUGUACAUGCAAACACAGUUCAAAGUCAACAUGGACACUCAACAAAAUGAAAUUUUGAGUAGUGACACCUCAUACAAAUAAAAACUAAUCACUGAUGUUCAAAAGGUUAAAUCUAUUGCCAAUGAAUGGCUUUGGGGAAGAGUUCUAAACAAACUCUUGUAGCCAGAAGGGUGUGUGGAAGGUAACCAUGACAACCCUGUGAGAGGCAACCACCAGGCACCAUCGUACUGAGAACCUUAGUGGAGAGUUUUUAGAUUCUUACCUAAGAUAUCUCCAGAGGGAGGAGAAAGCUGGGAGUAAAAAGGCUUUAAUGACUACACAUGGAAUGUGAUAGAUUUUAUUUGAAACAAUAGAUCUCUCACAGUAACGGGCUUCCAUUCCGUUACACUUGCCAAAUGCGAUAGGGUUCCACAAAGCAAUGGGCUUCUAAACCGAUACACGUGCCUUCAACAAAAUUACAAUUCUCUAAAUCGAAAAACUACUUCAUUCAGAGUGUCGCAUGAUCACGUGUUCGAAACGUGAUCGGCUACAUCUAAGAUCAAAAAAUGUCAUGCGUGAAAUGUAACACAAAACUCCGUGACAGAAGACAACUAGUCAGAGCAUACACUACACAAGCCUUAAGAUAACCUAGUAUAUGAUUAAUGAAGGAGACGGCUGGCCAGAGUUGCCAGAGCUCAAAAUAAAUUUGGGACUGUUGCCAGUCGUGCUUACCAGGAGUAGAAAUUCUAGCUCAGUCACGUCUCUCUUCUGACUGGUCAACAACAAUGAUAACUUGAACACACUAGGCCAACAAGCAAAAACAUAAAAUAGGAAAGAUGUUAGUCUUCUUGAAACGUAAUUGUGUGAAACUGUAUUUUUCCGGAUGCUUUAAUUUAUGUGUCCGGUCAAAAUGACUGACAAACCGAAGUUUCUCUGGACAACUGGUCAUCUUAUUAUCCGGACAUUGUCUGUUGACCAGCCAUUAUUAAUUCUGAGCCCUGAUUGCUCACUUUAAGCUUCAUGCAUGUUUAAAAUACCUCCUCCCUCAUUUUUUUUAAUUGUUUUCACACUCAGGCACUUUGGAUGUGAUGAAACCCUGCGCUGAUGUACUUUCCAUAAUGUUUCCAGUUAAGCGAGAUAAUGGUGAAUUUGAAAUUAUUCAAGGAUACAGAGCUCAACACAGCCAUCACAGAACUCCAUGUAAAGGAGGUUUGUCAACUUGCUACUCUGUAAAUUGAAAAAGUGAUAAUACCAACAAUGAGGGCGGGGACCAUACAGUGUACUAUAAAUACUAUUAGCGGAGCUUGUGCAUGUUAGCAGAGCACCAUGGGUAACUAAAUCUACUCAUCCCAAAAAAUUUGGUAAUAAUGUGACCGUACACUGAGGGAGCGACUGUGUGUCUGCACCACAGCCAUACCAAUGCAAAACAAGUCAAUCAACAGGUAUGACAACCUAGAUGCAACUCGAGGUUAUUUUGGCGGGAAAUCGCAUGGCCACCCGUGUCCCAACUAAGAAGUCAAUAAAUACGAAAACGGAAAGUGGAAAUUGUUUCGGUCUCAGGAAUUUCAGAAAUCUCUGGCUGUGGCAACCAUGCUUAGGGAAUACAAAGUUGUGAAGUUGUAUUAUAGGUACUACAUGUUGUGGGUUUCCGAAAAUGAAAAUUGUGCUUCAAAUGGUACUAACAGUAAUAGUUAUUCGAAAAAAGGUCGAGUUAUACAAGACAAAAGUUAAUAUUGUUACAGAGUAAAACUGAUUGUUAUUGGUAACAUGUUCUACAGCUGCAGUCCUCGCCAAAAAUCCCUGACACACCUAUGCACGUCCCUUCCCCCUGCAAUUUGUUGAGAUGGUGAGAUGUUAUUGCGAAGUUGCGUGGGUACAACAACAUUGCAAAAGGGAGGGGGAAAACAGAAGGGAGCAGAAUUUUCCAAAGUGUUUCAAGGUUUUUGUCUAAGAUUGCGGCUUGCAACAACCUGAAAGACACAAAAGUUGGUUCCCAGCAAGAAAAUUAAUCAACAACAACAUUUUCUUUUUUAAAUUUAUGCCAUGCUGAGUUAACAUAGUGAUAUUUAAGAUGGGAUUCAAUAAAGCAGUUACUAUGAUUUAAAAAUAAAUUAGCAAUAAAGUGAAACAGCUUCUGAUUUUACAUGGUUAUACAUUAAUGAAUUAAUUUGUAUUUUAAAGGAAUUAGGUAUAGUGAAGAUGUUGAUAUCGAUGAAGUACAAGCUUUGGCCACCCUAAUGACUUUCAAAUGUGCUGUUGUGGAUGUUCCAUUUGGUGGAGCUAAAGGUGGCAUCAAGAUCAGACCUUCAAAAUACUCAGUAUGUAUUAUUACAUAUUUACAUCAUUUAUGUAUUGUAUGUAUCAUUACUAAUAACCCAUUUUAAUAAGAAAGAGAGGCCAGCAACAGUGGCAAUGAAAGUACAGUAUUUUGCAGGAAACUCUCUGCUUCACCACUGUAGAAAGGAGCCUUUUUAAAGGGCUGCAUCAUUUAUUUUGUAUUAAACAAUUAGUGGCAGUACAUUAGUUAUAAACAUAAAUGUAUUUGUAAGCCUGAGAAAGCAGUCAUCACUUGGAGCUGAGAUAAAUGAAGUUACAUAUGCGGUUUGGUACUGUUGUAUGUACUGCAGUUUCCCGUUUUUCUCUUAUACUGUAUGAUGGCUUUUAUGUUGCCAUAAAAGUUUUGAAUUAGGCAGCUUCAUUAUUGAAUUGUGCAGUAAUUUAUUGAUCAGUGGCUAUCCUAUGCAGUGGACCCCAGGGAACCCCCAGUCAUUUGCACAUGCAAUGACAUUCACAAAUCUUCCCAUCCAAGAAAAAUAUUUCUCCCCCAAAAAACUACCAUCUACUACAGAAAGGGAAAUUUAAAGUAAUUUAAUCCCCCUGUCUUGAGUUAGAAAUUAGCAGCAAAUGUCAAUAGGGUCAACCUUAGAUAGAUGCAUUGACCCACUGAAUCAUGUUUAUAAUUGUCAGCUAGAAAAGUUAAGGUUCAAUAGUCUGUCAAGUCUGGCAAAGAUAAGUACAUCUGCAAAUUGAAUGGCCAAAAUACACGUUCUUUGCUGAAGUUCUCUUGCUGGCUUAUACAUUGUAAGUUAGUUUGUCUAUUUAAUAGUAUCAGUCUAAAUACUUCUUUGUUUGACAUUUGAGUAUUCGUGUAUCAUGUGGAUGGCUGGAUGGCUGUUAAAGAUCUUAAUGUUUGCAAGAGUUUCUGAUUGUGGAAUUUGCUCAUAUCUUCAGUUUAGAGAGUUGUGCAUUAUCUCACUUUAUAUCUACUUGUGUACCUACAGUAAUGUUACUAAAAAACAAAGUUUAAGUGAGAUGUGAUACAUGUUAAAUACCCUGGUCUUGUCUUUUUUUUCUUUUUAAGCAACAUGAGCUAGAAAGGAUAACACGCCGUUUCACAGUGGAACUUGCUAAGAAAAAUUUCAUUGGGCCAGGCCUGGAUGUGCCAGCACCAGACAUGGGGACUGGGGAGAGAGAAAUGAGCUGGAUUGCUGACUCAUUUGAUAUGACAUUAGGUGAUUGUGAUUAGGUGACAUUCUAAAAUAAUGUACAUGUAUGCACUAUAAUUUAUUAUAGUGUUGUCUGUAAAAAGGGUGAGGUCUAGAACUGUUGGUAGUUAGAAUGCCCACAAAAUAUUUGCCUUCACAGUUUACAUGUAACAUAUUUCAGAUCAUGCAUAUUUUUGGUAUAAAUGCUAUAUAAUGGAGUGACCAAAGUAGAAAAGUCAGCUUGCUUUAGUGAACAUUCAUCAGCCUGUACAGGUACUUGAGAGGUUAAUAAUUUUAAAACCUCUCAAGAAUAUUUUGGGCAAUGAUUGCCCAAAACUUUGGUUACCUUAAAAAAUUAUUAAUACCUCGUCUUUUUUCAAAAGGCAGCAGGAAACCCGAUGGAUGAUGCAUUCUACUUAUCUAAGCCUUGCAUUCAGUUAGCACUCUGGUCUCACCCUCAAUUAUAACUUCCUACUUACAUAUAUUGUAUCCUCUGCAUACAAACUUACAGUGUACAUGUAUUUCUCUUAAUUUUACACCUACAUGUACAUUGUAUUGUAUUUUUAAUGACCAUUGCAGGUUAUGGUAAUAUGAAUGCUUAUGCAUGUGUCACUGGAAAACCAAUUUAUCUUGGUGGCAUCCAUGGAAGAAUAUCAGCAACAGGGAGGGUAAGUAUUAUCUUACUUUCUCUCUUGUACCUUCUUAUAAAAUACAAUUGUACCUGUACAUGUACAGUACAGCAUGUGUAAAGCAUAACAGAAUUUGACAGGCUAAAUCAUGCAUCACCAUGUAUUUUUUUCAUUAAGAGAUGGAUGUACGUGUAAUUCAUUGGGCUAAUGCCAUAUGCUUUAUCCCAGAGGGGGGAACUUAAUAAUGCAGACUAGUGUAAAACAGAAGCAUGAGUCCAGAAUUUCUUGUAACUGUAAUCACUUUGCAUUUCAGGGUGUCUUUCAUGGAAUAGAGAACUUUCUUAGUUCAGGUAGGCCCAUUAACCAUAAGUCACAGAAACUUUUAAUAUUUAUGUGAAAACUCCAGGCCACUGUUAUGGACAAGAUAAAUGAUCAGUGGCACACUACACAUGUACAGAUGCGUAACAUGUCAAGAAAAUAUGAAAAAUUCUAAAAAACUUCAAAAUUCAUUUAAAAUCAUUUAUUUGCAAAGAAAAUGAACCUCUUUAACUAAAUUACAACAUUUUAGCCCGUUUUAGCUCAUUUUGACUUAAUUGGAGCAAUUUCUGUAGUACCCAGGAUGCAUUGCGGCCCCGCCCAUUUCAUGUUUGUUAACAUUAUUAGGUCCGUUUUCUUAAUUUUUUCUCACAAAAAUGUUCUUUUGAAAAUAAAAGAAAUGUAAGGACAUAAAUUUUCGUUUUGGCUGUGUUUUUAUCAUGUAAAUAAAGUAAAUUAUGCAGACAAUUGUAGCCCUAAAAUGUCACUAAAACCGCACGUGUACUGAACGUUUUCUCACGUGUUUUCGAUUUGUUGCCUAACAAUAAGCUUCUGGGUGGUUAGCAAGGUCGUUGUGAAGUCUUCCUUCGAGUUAAAGCGAGUGAGAUGGCGGAGAAAGUUUGAGGUUGAUGCGUUUCGUUGAGAUUGAUGUUGCUCAAUGUAACCUGAAACCUUCCAUGAAACAUUUCAAAACGUUUGGUAUUCAGAAAAUUGCUUCUAGCGCACACAAUUUCUUAUAUUUUUCCAUGAAAGUUGCUAUUUACAAUCGUUGUGAGUUGAGAAUGACACAUGAAAGAAAAUCAGCAAGGUCAGUUUCAUGCUUCGCGCGUGGAGACUGCUUGCAUUUUGCCUUCCCUGCGAAAAUCAGGUGUAAACAUGGCGCGUUUCAAAGUGUUUGGUAAUCAGAAAUUUGCUUCGUUCUCUGCAUGGUAAAGAGGAAUUAGGCAAAUAGAUGAGGUUGAGUGUAGCUCCUCUAAAGGAUGGUGGUGCCAGGUGCAUAAGUGACGAACACAACGAAUGCAUGGCAACCAGUGAGCAACAACCACCAAACCAUUAUGCAAUCACAUGUACAUGUAAGCUAGUAACCACCCCUCAAAAGCCUGCCGUUCUGUAGCUCAACUGCAGCUGACCCAGAUGUGAUGUCUAGUGAGGUUAACCUUGUCCAGAUUAAAUAUAAUUACCGUAAUGAUUCGACUUAGUGCCCUCCUUCCAAUAAGCCCCCAACCCCCCAAAAUAAAAAAAAAGAUCCCGCAGAAUUAGAUCAAACUAAAUUCGUGAAAUGGUUGCUAGGUGUAAAUAAAUACACAGCAACAAUGCAUGCAAGGCUGAAACCGGAAAAUUCUCAAUAAAAAUUGAAGCACAAUAUAGGAAUUUUAAGUUUUGGCUAACUCUAACCAAACACCCAAAACAAAAAUUAUCACCUGUAGGAGGUUUAUAAUGAUAUGAAGUCGAGGAUGAAUAAGGAAUUAUGGAGCCAAAAAAUCGAACGCAUAUUAGACCAAAUAGGGCUGGGAUACCUCUGGACAAAAGCACAUGAAAAUGACAUUGGAAUCUUGAACAUUAUCAAAUAAAGACUGAGAGACAUCGAAUUACAAAGAUGGUUAAGUGACGUAAACAAUAACGUAGGAAAAGACGCCAACCAAAAGAACAAACUGAGAACCUUCCAAAAAUUUAAAACAAUAGAAAAUUAUAAAUGUGAAGAUUAUCUCCGUCAGGUCACCAACAUCCGACACCAGAUAACCCUAACUAAACUCCAUCUAAGUAAUCGCAAAUUGGCGAUAGAGACAGGUCAGUAUGUAAGACACCGGAAGAGAGGAUCUGUCCUAUCCGUAAAAAAGACGUAGAAGAUGAAAUACAUUUUUUAAUAACUCUGUGCCCUGCGUAUCAAGAAAAAAGAAGUACUUUAUUUGAAUAUUUAAACAAAGAAUACAGAAUAUCAGUAAACAGAAUGGCACCAGAUGAUGUUUUUCUGUUGUUAAAUUAAACCCUUUGAGCAAGAACAAACCAGUGCAAAAGUUAAUGGCAAAAAUUCAACUGCUAUGAGAAAAGAAGAUCAUUAGUUCUUUAGGUUAACAUUGACUAUAGUUCCACUAGUGUGCAGUAUGUGUUAUGAUUUUAAAUUGUUUGGAUAAGGUCGAUGUACAUGGGACUUUAUAAGACUUCAAAUAAAGCAUUGUCUUGUCUUGUCUUGUUAAUAAGGGCCCCUCUUCCAUUAAGUGCCAUUCUAAAGAUUUAUUGGAACAAGCAGCAUUUUGGCAAGAGGUCAAAGUCGUGUGUUGCCUAACGAGCCCCUAUCUACACCAUCAAUGAAUUGGAGUAGAAAUAGAUUGAAAUUCCCUCACGUUAACUGAACAUUCACCAUAUAUUUGUUACUGUUACAGUUUCUGUUUUUGUUCCAUUUUAAUAAACAUUCAAGUUUUGUUUUUAACAUUUGGUUUUUUCUCAAAAAAGAAAUAAGCGCACUGUCCCGAAUAAGUGCCAUGUCUCGGGCAAGCGCCCUCCCUUGAGGUACCAAAAGUAAAGCACCGCGGGUGCUAAUUGAAUUAUUACGGUAAUAGCCACAGUUACAUGUAGCAUAGCAAGCCACUGCUUGAGUUGCUGCAUUUGAACAAUCGAUCCUGAUGAGGGCACAGGUAACCCAGGCUCUGUGAUAGUACCACAGUACGGUUCCAGUAAAAUUACAGUGUUCAAUGUAUGAGGUAAAAAUAUCAUCCUAAAAUUUCUAGGAAAUACUAAAUAAAGAUCAAUGAAACUUACUCUGCAGUUAAUUGUUGUUGUCCUUAUUGCUCCAACGAAGUUUCGUGAUAAUUUGCAGUAAUUUGUUCAAAUUCACUCUAUCUACAAUAAUAAUAUACAAGGUAGGAAACACGAGGUGCCAUUUUCGCCGACAUGCUCUCAUUCAACACAACUUUUUCCAUGAAAUUCGAACUCCAACGGAAAAUAAACAUGCCAGGAUCGUAGAAAUAGGAUAGCAGCAGAUAUAGAAACCAAUGAAGCUUUCCCAGGUAGAGAAACGAAUCCCACAGACUUGUACAAACUCGAAGAAUAUAAUCCAAACACACCGAGAAUACGCUCGCCGAAGCAGCCGGGCCAGAUCAACGCGCGGCCAAGAAAAUGAAUCCUGGGCACUGUACAAAAAAAUUCCAUCCCGGGUGUCCUGGGGUGACCUUUCUAGGGACCGAUACAUCAUUUGCCCAAGGCCACCCUCCCCUGCUGGAAAAAUACUUGAUAGAAGGCAAUUGUUCUUCCUAGCCAAUCACCAUUUGCCAGAGCAAACCCCGCACACGCGCCUGAAUUUAAAUGGCUAAAAAAAAGUAAUAUAAUCAGGAGAGUCUGCGGAGUUACAAGGUGUCCCAUUUCUUUUACUAAGGAAUGCAAAUAACAGUAAUGAAACUAAUGAAAUAACAACGCGAAACGCUUACAAGGCGGGCUAAAAACAAGGUUGAACAGAAGGUAGAUGAUGACUGAGAUACUGUUGCUGUGAACUCUCAAGCGAAACUAUCGUAAAUAAACGGUGAAGCUUACAAACUAAUGUCAAAAAUUAUACAGAAAAUUGCGACAGAAUAUGAAUUGCGAUAACUGAGACGAAUGUGAAAGGCACGUGUACUAGCAAACAAAGAACUAGCGCGAUUAACAUAUUAAUUUAGGGAUUAAUGCGGCAGUAACACGCCGACUUCUUGUCAAUACAAGUGAACGCUCUAUCGGUUAAAUAUGUGAAUCAUCGUGAUACACCUCUCUUUGAAUUUGGUCCUGUUGUACAAAUGCCUCGGUAAGAGCCAAAAUUCACUUAUAUCUUUUGCUCGUUUUAAGUUUUGUAAAUCGUCCUUCGUUGUUCUUUCCUUUGCCCUUACAACCUUACCCUAUUGAUGUUUGAUAAACUUUCUGAGGACCAGCGCCAGGAGCUGAAUAUAGUUCGAGAGGAAAAUAAUCUCUUUAUAACAGGCCAUAGUGAUUGGCUAGGAAGAACAAUUGCCUUCUAUCAAGUAUUUUUCCAGCAGGGGAGGGUGGCCUUGGGCAAAUGAUGUAUCGGUCCCUAGAAAGGUCACCCCAGGACACCCGGGAUGGAAUUUUUUUGUACAGUGCCCAGGCUUCAUUUUCUUGGCUGCGCGUUGAUCUGGCCCGGCUGCUUUGGCGAGCGUAUUCUCGGUGUGUUUGGAUUAUAUUCUUUGAGUUUGUACAAGUCUGUGGGAUUCGUUUCUCUACCUGGGAAAGCUUCAUUGGUUUCUAUAUCUGCUGCUAUCCUAUUUCUACGAUCCUGGCAUGUUUAUUUUCCGUUGGAGUUCGAAUUUCAUGGAAAAAGUUGUGUUGAAUGAGAGCAUGUCGGCGAAAAUGGCACCUCGUGUUUCCUACCUUGUAUAUUAUUAUUGUAGAUAGAGUGAAUUUGAACAAAUUACUGCAAAUUAUCACGAAACUUCGUUGGAGCAAUAAGGACAACAACAAUUAACUGCAGAGUAAGUUUCAUUGAUCUUUAUUUAGUAUUUCCAAGAAAUUUUAGGAUGAUAUUUUUACCCCAUACAAACACUGUAAUUUUACUGGAACCGUACUGUAGUACUAUCACAGAGCCUGGGUUACCUGUGAUGAGGGUGAAGAGUGAGGCUUGAAUGCUAUUAUUCAUUCGAUGUGCCAAUUGCAAAAAGACCAAAUGAAUAUAGCAGAGGAAAGCAAACUUCAAGGCCUGUGGAAGAAAUCAGCAAAAGGUGGCUUAUAGAUGCCAAACACACUUAAUUGCACAAUGAGUCUCGGUAAAAUGAUCCUUGUUUAAGUCUUCAAGCCCUUCAAUUUUGUGAACUUCCCCCACGGAAUGUGAGCUGCUACAGUGAAAAAAAGCAAUGCUUACAGUUUAACUUUGCCUAAAUCACAUUUAGCCUGAUGAAAGGGUUCACAAACCUACUGUAGAAGUCCUUUCUGAAAUUUUUAAUUGUAGUAUGUGGCAGAUGAUUCUAAUCAUAAUUAUUUGUUUUCUACCUGGUUAUUUUUGUUCAGAAAAAUAUUGCAAGCUGGUUGGCUUAGAACCUGGUCUGAGAGGCAAAACAUUUAUAGUUCAGGUAUUUGCCAGACCUCAAUAAUAAUACAGUUGAAGCCCUCAUAAGCGACCACCUCCGAAACUCGAAAAAGUUGUAACUGGAGCUCGUCGCUUACAAGAGCUUCAGGAACUCAUUAAUAACUCAAAAAGAAAAAACAAAACCAAUUCUUGUUUAAUGGGUCUGUUUGUAUCUGUCACAGACACAGCUAAUCUUUAGUCCAAUGUUUUAGACCACUAGCACAAAUGUGCAUUUUCGUUAAAGUGUUGAUUUAUAUGAAUAAAGACUCUGAGUGGUCACUAAGUGUUUUUUUUUAAAGCUCUUAUAAGUCUUAUAAGAGCUUUAAAAAAAAACAAAGGAAAAGCACAGUUAGGUAAUCCCAAAAGUGGUCGUGGUCGCUUAUGGGAGCGGUCACUUGCGAGAGCUUUUCAUUAUGAAGUUUAAGUUACAGUUUAAAUGGGGUUUCACAUAGGAGGUCAUGACUAGAGGUGGUCUCUUACCAGAGUGGUCGCAAGGAGAGCUUCGACUGUAUUGAUUUAAAGAAUCUGACGUAACAUUUUUGUGAAUGUUUAUACAUGUUUAGUACCUUAACUAAAAUUAUCCUGGUAUGCAUACACCCAUUCAGUUUGUAAUCUGAGCUUGUACAUGGUUAUGUUGUGGUGGGCUGUUACAAAUACACAGCAUAUUGAAUAGCUAAAGUAAGGCUGGUUAAAAAAAUUAGCAUGGUUAUAAUUAGCUGACAAUAGACGACACUCCCUUUGUUGCAAGCACCCAAUUAUUAAUUACUGGAUUCUAAAGUGCACUUAUGAGCUGCAUUCCAAAAAACUUAUGAAGCAUGCAGUCUGUUUUGCCUAUGUAACUAGCCUUAAAGGAGGGGAAGGUGGACUGAAUUAGAUUUGUUUAAGGUGGUUAUUGUUGGUGGAGGUGUAAAAAUGAGACUUUUGUAGUGUUGUACAUCAUUGUACAUGUACCAGUUCACUAGGAUUGAAAUACAGGUGCAAAUUACCAAAACAUUUAUCGCCAUAAAUUUACUUGAUAGUUUAUUUGGUUCACCAUGCUGCUUAUAAGGCCCCUGACUCAUACGUGUAAGCUCCCCCCUCUUGAGUUAUAGGCCCAUCUGCCUGUAAACAAAACAAUACAUCUGAUUAUAAGCCACCCCUCCUCCCUCCCAGAUAUAAAUUCCCCUCCAAAAUGACUUUGUAUUGAUGUGAAUUGGAUUUACUAAAUUGUUUUGAAGCUUGAUUAAAAACCAGUAAAUGCAAAAUGUACUUUGAUCUGCACUGCUAUUGUUUGUUUCAAAGCACUUUUUCUGUUGGGGUUUCAGGCCCGUUAAGAUAUUAGCCCCUCCACUUAUACAUUGUGUAAGCUCUUCUUAAACCUUUUUAUGAAGAUGCAUAAGUCGAGGGAUUAUUGGUGGCAGUUUGUGGUAUUUGUUGUACUUUACUUCCUAAAAUUGUCAGCAGAUAAUGAUGCAGGCAAUACCCACUCUCUAUGGUAAGUCUUAAGAGAACUUAUAAUAAAUUGCAGUUAACUGCUUUUAGUAUGAACUGAAAGGUUGAAAAUGUGUAAAUUGUUGAUUUUUAAUAGGGAUUCGGUAAUGUGGGCCUUCAUACCUGCCGAUACCUCCAUCGUGCUGGAGCCAGGUGCAUUGGUGUCAUGGAACGAGAUGGAAAUAUCUACAAUAAAGAUGGAAUUGAUCCUAAGGAACUUGAAGAUUAUAAACUGGUAAUGAAACUUGACAUUUUUAUAUAAGUAUUUAAUCAAUGUUUAUCACAAUAAAAAAAUCCUGUUCAUUCACAGCAAUAGCUAGAGUUAAGAUAUAGACUGUGUUUACAUGAAAUUUAUUGCACUUAUAUAGACAGUUAAAUCUUAGUGUAGAGCAAACUUAAGUGUGUUUGGGGCAAGGUCGGACCCCUCCACUUUCCAACCAUACCUUUGUCUGUUGAAUUAGGCCACUUUGCAGAGCUAUACCUUCGUUAGUUUUCAACAAAGCACGUUCAAAUUUGGCAACUUUACAGAUUUUAAGGUGUUCUUUCCAGCCAUUUUAAAGGAUAUUUGCUCACUGGUCUUUAUCAACACUUGAAAUAACUGUGGAGUAUAGUCUAUUAAGUGUAAAUGAGUCAAUAACUCAUGAUCGAGUCAUGCAUCACCUGACCCUAAUUCAAACCUAUCCUAUAUCACUAUUAAACCUCUAACCUGAGCCAUAGAAGUGUAACUUGACUUAUAAUUCAUGUACUCAUUAGACUCUCCAUGUAAAAGCUUUUUUUGUCCACUCAUGAUAAAUUUUAGCAAACUUUUCAACAAAAUCAAAUGGCUGAUUGGUAAAUGACCAUGUAUUAGAUGUUGUUUUAUCCAUGAAGAAUUUAUUCGGGCAUAAACAAACAUGAAUAAACUCUUACACUGAGCGCUUUUCUCAUUUCUUGUUAUCAAGGACAACAAUGGAUCAAUCAAAGGUUUUCCUGGAGCCAAGGUUUGUUAAGUAACAAUAGUUUUUACGUCCUCAUUGCUUUAGUCAAGUGGAAAAGAAAGAGAUGUUGAUAUGAAUUUUUACUGCACCAGAAGAAAAAAAUAGAUUAAUAAUAGUUAGGCAAAGUAGAUAAAGAAACCAACUUACAAGAAACAGAGGGAAUAAAGAAAAACUCUCAGAAACUUAGGUGAAUGGAACAGUUAUCUAGAAUUUUUAGCCUUUUGUGAGUUGUAGAAAUUUUCCACAAUACACUGUAUUUGCUUAUUCAAACAAAUAUUUUUCAGAAAAUAGCCAUUUGGUUCCCUGUGCUUACUUUGAUGGUAAAUUGAGACAUUGGGGUAUUGCCCUCUAAGCCUUUUAGGUGGUUGUUUUUUUACGGCUGUAAUCCACUUGCAGAGACAUUUUAGACUUUUAGUGGAUAAUGUACUAUACUUACUGUGCUUAUUAGAUCACGAGCGUCCUCUCUUUCCUUAGUCCGCGAAACGCGCGAGAGACGAAAAAUGACCACGCGCGUAAGAGGCGUUUCUCGCCGUUCUACGCUCGUGCGUGUUUGUGUUAAUUUAAAAAUGUCUUUCUGCAUGCUGCUUAGCUGUUUGCCUUUUUGCAGCAUACACUGAAUAUCUUAUUUUCUUCUUCUUUUUUUUAAAUAGAUGACAGAAGAAAACCUUUUAGAAGCAGAAUGUGACAUUCUAGUUCCAGCUGCCAACGAGAAACAAAUUACCAUCAAAAAUGCCCAUAAAAUUCAAGCAAAGGUAGGUAGACUGAACUUUGGGUUAACGUUUGCUUGGGUUAACAUCCCUUAAAAUAUUAACACCACGGGCAGCCCAUGCUCGAAAGAUAAGCGCAGGCACUUUCGCGUAGUAACCAACGAAUUAAGUUAUAUGGAUUUGUGUUGGGAAAAAGUAAAAAAUCGCCUAACCUUACUUUCUUGUUUGCUCUCCCAGCCGUUUUACGGGGUUUUGUUUCAACCAGUAUGAAUUGAUUACAGAGAGAGCAAACUGGGUGCAAUUAAGUGAGGUUAGCCGAUUUUUAAAUAAUUCCUUUGACAUUUGUUAAGUACAUGGGUUACAUAUCUUACAUUUUGAGGGUUACGCAACAAUGCCGAUGCUCAUAUUUCGAGCUUAGGCUACCUGUGAUGAUGGACGCCUCUCUGAGGCUCAUAACCACAUAACCUGCCCCUUUGGGAAAGUUAAAAACUUUUUUAACAUGACUUAGCCUCUCUGUGCUGCGGCCCAUCCACCUCUAUACUUCUUGAACAGUCCCAAAGAUUAGCAGGGGACCAACUGCUUUUAAACGCCCCGUAACUUACAGUGCUCCCUGUACAGAUCUUUGUCGUAAUUUAAAUUUACUACUUGUUUAAGUAUGAUCUGUCUUCUUUUCACAGGUUAUUGCUGAGGGUGCAAAUGGUCCAACAACGCCAGCAGCAGAAAAAGUGCUUAUUAAAAAUGAGAAACUUGUUAUUCCGGUAAAUGCUUUAGUUUCUUGACUUAGUGCUUGCAAGUAGCCUUAAAGGAGCAUUUCUUAUGGCAGGGGUAGGUGGUAUGUCACCAGGAUAUUGCCGUUGUAAGUUCAUCCUUUAACCAUACGCAAAAAACUUCUCUAGAGGUAUGAAAAAGAUAUUAUCAGGGCAGCACUAACCAUAACAAAAUUAUUUUGGUGAUUUUUAGCAGGCGUAACAUUGAAACUUCGAAAGUUAGCCAAACUUUUUUCAAGUUUCAGUCCAUGUCCAUCCUUGCCAUGCGUAGCUACAGGCAACGAAAAACAGUUUCAAUGGCUAAAUAUAGACUGGGAUAUUGUUUUUCUCAUGUAAUUGAUGGAACGACGCGCUUUAGUUUUUUUAAAAAGAUCAAGCUAAUAGCGUGACAUUGCUCCUUUCAAACUCGGCUGAUCCUUAUUUUGCAGGACUUGUAUUUGAAUGCAGGAGGUGUAACAGUGUCAUAUUUUGAGUGGCUUAAGAAUAUUAAUCACGUCAGUUUUGGAAGAUUGACCUGGAAAUACGAGAAGGAGGCAAACUUUAAUCUGUUAGGUACGAACUUUACGCAAACUGAAUAGUUUUAAACUCAGGGGGCUCAGUUUUUUUAGUCUAAGUAUUGUUACUAGUUACCAACGUAAAAUAAGGACCUUCAUCUCUUGCCUUGUACCUUUUGAUUUGCUCAAGAGUGCGCAGGUACAUCAAACACUGUAAUCACAUUGCCAAGCAAAGUAAACAGUACAGGAAAUCACUUUUCCCUCGGAGAGUAUAGCUUAAUGAUAAUGAUGAUAAUCAUGUAAAAGUUGUUAUAUGCUAAAGUGUUCUUUUCCUAUGACAGCUAGCGUCCAGGAAAGCUUGGAAAACCAUUUCAAGCAGCAUCCUAUUCCGAUCAAGCCAUCGGCGGAGUUCAUUAGCAAGAUUGCGGUUAGUACAAGUGUUUUCGAAAACUUGAACCCAGGAGAGGCAAGAACUCCGCUUUAAGGUCCCAAUUAUCAGUCUGUAUUUUAUUAAACGGAUUAUUCGGAGAACACAGGCAAUAGGACUGCGCCCGUUCAUAUAGAUGCUUUUGUAUGUACACUAACUUUUUUAAUAAGAACGUCAUGCUUGUCGUUUUUGUUUUUUGCUUUUGUUUUUUUUUUUUCACGGUUAAAAAAAAGAGGAGGCAUCGUGUCCGAGUGGUUAGAGCGCUGGACUUAUCAUUUGGAAGCUCUGGGUUUAAGUCCCGCCCUGACCGCUAGUUGGAUUUGUUCUCUGUCGCAGUAGACCUGCACCGUUCUAAACCUCUUAUUUCAUAGCCACGCUUGUAACUGGUCUGCCUCCUACCAGUUGGGAUUUUUAACUAUGUUAUGUUUCAUUUAAGUUAUUUGUUUCAUUAUUUCCUGAAAAGCCCCACAAGGGGAGAAGAUGAUAAAAGUUUAUUAGUUAUGUUUUUUUUAUUAUUUUCAUAUUUUUUAUUUCAAAAAUACCGCGCAAGACAGUUUAAGUUGUCUCAGAGGAUUCAUUCUAACUGUUGAUAUUGUCAUCUCCAGGGAGCCUCUGAGAGAGACAUAGUACAUUCCGGUUUGGAGUUCACAAUGGAGAGAUCAGCCAAGGUACGUCGCACACUUAACACCGCGUGAUAACAAUGAGGUCGAGCGAAGGCUAAGCAUUUCCCAUACAUUUAGUCACUGUCUUUUUAAAAGCAGGGGAGAACUAGGGAGACUAGAAUAAGCGAUUAUUGUGUUAGGAACAAGGACAAAAGAACUCUCAUAUCCGCCCUCUUAAACUUUUUCACAGAAUCAAAGUUCUCGCGCGCAUAGGAUAGCAAUCCCCAAUAUUUGAUAUGGAAGAUACAGCCUGAGUAUGAUGAGCGGUUUUUAGCCAUAGAAGUAAUUAGAGUAAUCUUAGAAAUUUCUAACAAAUACGGGCUACAUUUAAGUGACUGAACUGAGGUAGCAGAGCGUAAAAUGAAGCAUAAUGAGUUCUAUUGUAGGAUGGACCUUUAUUCAGGUCUGUGGCAGGUACUUGAAGGGGAAAGGGACGCGCGAGGAAGGAGGCCCGCCCCUCGUGUGUGCGCGUGCCUUACAUUGUGACGACUUCAACCGGGGCCACCUGAGGACUUUCAGCCUAUCAGAAACCGCUCCUUUAACAAAGGAUUAAGCGUGCGGACCUCAUCGGGAACUGUCCUAUUUUUCGAUUGGUUAUUUUCGAUCUUAAAUGAUUUCGCCAUUUAGAAUAGUGUGUCGUAUACACUUACCCGUCUGUCUUGUGUGGCUGUUUUUUGUAAAAUAUACAAGCUGCUUAUUUAUUUAAGGGCUGGCUAUAUGUAUUGCUCGGUAAGGGGUAUAAAAGUGCCUUGUAUCUGUGGCGAAAAAAUCAGUCUGGUUACAAGACUUUGUUUGAAAACAUCGCACUGCAGCUGUUUUCUUUACCGCUGAAUUGCAUUUUCUUAUUCCUUCAGUUAGAAGUCAUCAUUCUCGAUCUGGGUCCAGAAAAUUCAUUUGUGAAAAAAAGGAAGGAUAAGUCUUUCUUUAACAGAAAUACUUGCGUUCAACAAGAAAAAAUAUCAACGGUCGGCGCAGCGCUGGGCGCUGUUUUUAUCAAGAAGACACAGAGUAACUACCCAAUUUCCCUCUUCAGCCGAACGGGAAUCUUAUCCUGUAAUUCAAAGAUAGCUCUUAUAAUUACUCCUAAACUUCUCACUUGCUGUAAAAAAGCGUUUUUUCUUGCAUCCUCGGAGAAAUAUUUUUGCAACAAGAGAAACAAAAAUUAGCGAGGUGCACGAUCGACGUUCGUGGAUGUCUCGCGGGUGGGAAAGCUUAAUGGGAAAGCAUGCUCGUUGCGGUGUUGCGUGACAUUUCAUUUGCAUGGUCGGUUCCAGGUUCUUGAGCGAUUGCCCAGUAUUAUGGAGAUCUAGAAUCCUGUCGCGGACAAAGUGUGGCAAAUCUCUAUCGUCAUCGUUAAGACCACAAUUAUCGGCGAAAAAUUUAGGAUCGAAAGUAACAAAUCAAAAAAAUAGGACAAUUUCCGAUGAGGUCCGCACGCCCAAUUUUUUGUUAAAGGAGCGGUCUCUGAUUGGCUGAAAGUUCUUACGGGGCCCCGUUGAAGUCGUCUGCACACUGUAAUAGGCCAUUACCGAGUUGCUCUAUGGCGCUGUUUUAAUGCGAAACUAACUGCCAAGCCAAAGAUAUGAGAAUGAUUUUUUUUAUUUUCAUGAAAAUGAAACUCAUUAUUACAGGGCACGUUUUCCACUUAGCCUCGUUUUAAAAGUAAGGGUUUUGGAACUGGGAAGUGGCCUUUCUUCUUCAAACGGCUCCCACGCAAUCUUUAUACGAAGCAACAUAUCGUGUUUGUAGGAAACUUUUUUGCUGUUGUCUAUUAUCUCUUUUCAUAUGGCUGAAUUCGCAUGCGGGUAAAAUAAAGUAAUCCUGUGUUUCGAUUAGUUGCCCGAGCGGGCAGGAUAGGCCCACGUGAAAGCUCGGGAUUUCCCACGUUGUCCCGCAAAAUAAAGUUCUUUUCUUAGACUAUAGUAAAGCCUUGAAUGACCAUCGUAUUCGUUAAAGAUGGCUGGAUAUCAUUGACCUCGACAUCGUCUCGAUCCAUUUAAUACACAAAACGGACCAGCCAUCUUGACCUGACGCUUGGUGAAUAACGCAUUUUUCUUUAACUAAGGAAAGAACGUAAUUCUAACGAAAGUUCUCUCUCGUUAGCAAAUCAUGCGCUGUGCUGAAGAGUACAACCUUGGACUGGACAUCAGGACUGCAGCUUACAUCGUGUCCAUGGAGAAAGUCUACAACACUUACACUGUGGCUGGCUUCACAUUCACAUAAUCCCUGUAAAUGACCAAUAAGGAAUUACUGUAGCUGGUUAUUUAACUGGAGUAGAAUUAUUGAAAUUGGACGUGCGUGAUAUUUAUCGGAACCGGUGUUAUGAGUCAUUCGGAGAUGGGUUGCCU